CUUUUGUUUACCCAAAUUCAUGGAAAAACCCUGCAGCAUUUUUUUCUGUAAAUAUGUAACAUCUCACACGGAUAUAUUCAAAUAUGUUCCAAAUAAAACCCCAUAACAGCGUCACUGCAACAGCAAAACUCUGAUGAACAGCAGAUACUGAGAUUACCUAAGGGAUGUACCUAAGGGAUUAUGUAAAUUGAUGGGUGGGAUUGAAAGAGGGCAGUAAUACUGUAUAAUAAGAGGUUUGUUAGGUUCAGGUGCACAAAGUGAGGUGAAGAACAGAAGAACACACGUAACACACCCUGUGUGGAGUACAUGACAUAUAUGAGAUAUGGUUCACCUCGUUUCAGUGACUCUGCUCUUCUCAGGACGAUAUUGUCCCGCUGUUGUUAGCGUGGGCUGUCUGCUAUCUCAGUGCGGGUUGGCAUCCAGUUUGUGAACCAAAAAAAUAGAUCGAGUGAGGAUGAUUACGUUUAGUGAGAGUUAUAACUGCUAAUCGCUGUAGUAUGUGGUACAGGAGCAUAUAUUCCUAAUCGCUAUCACUUUGUGAAUGAGAAUAAAACCUGGAAUGAAGCUCAGACUUACUGCAGAGAGAAAUACACUGAUCUGGCAACCAUCAGCAACAUGGGAGAGAUGAAGAAGCUGAAUCACACACUGAUGAAGGAAAAUGCAAAGAAAGCUUGGAUUGGUCUACAGAGAGCGGGACCUGGGAGAUGGCUGUGGUCUCUGGAAGACCAAACUUUCUACAGAGACGGAGUCACGUACACACACUGGUUCAGUGGAGAACCAAAUAAUGCUGGGGAAGUUGAGUACUGUGUUGUUAUGGGAAUAACAUAUGGCGAGUUGUAUGAUGACAGAUGUACCCGAUCUUUACCAUUUGUUUGUUAUAAAGGAAAUAGCACUGGCACAUAUUACAUAUUGAUUAAUGAGCAAAAAGAAUGGCUUGAAGCUCAGACCUACUGCAGAGAGAACUACACUGACCUGGUCAGUGUGAGGAACAAAACGGAGAAUGAUGAGAUCUGGAUUCUGCUUCGAGGUUCACACACUCAAGUUGCUUGGAUCGGUCUGUUUAAUGACUCCUGGAAUUGGUCAGAUCAGAGUAACUCCACAUUCAGAUACUGGAGAUCUGACAAACCCAGUGGAAGUUUGAUCUGUGCUGCAGUGUCUGAGUCUGAGCAACGUUACUGGACUGAUGUGAACUGCACAGAAAAACUUCCGUACAUCUGCCAUGAGAAUGAAGUGAUCCUGAUUAAGAAGAACCUAACCUGGUGGGAAGCUCUGACAUACUGCAGGAACCAUCAUCAUGACCUGGUGUCAGUGCGCACCGAGGAGAUGCAGCUCUGGGUAAAGGAAGUGACUCAAAACGCCUCCACUGAACACGUGUGGCUCGGCCUGCGUCACGACUGCGCCCAGCGUGUCUGGUUCUGGGUUGUUGGAUCAAUAAUCUGCUAUGAGGGCUGGGCACCAGGGAAUGGGACCUGGAAUGAAGACUGUAGUCUGGAGAAGAGAAGCGGAGCAGUGCAGUCUGGAGGAGAGCAGAAGUGGAUCGAGCUGCCUGAGAGCCGGAAGCUCAACUUCAUCUGCUCUACCUAUGAUGAUUUGUUUUAUUAAACAUGAAGACUGAAGACAAGUUGUGGUCCAUCAUCUGUGUCCAGCAUCAGCUGAUCUACAGCAAUGUCUCAUUUAUUCUCUUCUACACAUUAUUAUUAUUAUUAUUAUUAUUAUUAUUAUUAUUAUUAUUAUUAUUAUUAUUGUUAUUAUUAUUAUUAUUAUUAUUAUUAUUAGUGACUUUUAUUAUUAAUGGGGUUUCUGGGUAAUGUAGCUGAAAUCUAUUAACCUGAUGUUUAAACUGCUAUAACUAUAUCAUAUUCAGUUCAUUUACACCUAUGCAGGAAGUUUAGAACACCAAGCCAUGUAAACAUGUUAAAGUAAUCAUUAUUCAUUUUUAUGUUUUUGUUUUAUAUAUAUAUAUAUAUAUAUAUAUAUAUAUAUAUAUAUAUAUAUAUAUAUAUAUAUAUAUAUUUUUUUUUUUUUUUUUCCAGUCCAUUGUUCUUUGAGUGUGUUAUCAGGAUUUCUGCAUAAUGAAAUGUUGAUGGUUUCUAUACCUGGGAUUUCUGAGCACUUGUUCCUUUAAUAUGUAAGGAUAUGGGUCAUAAUGACUGCUGCCAGUUUCCUAUCAAAUAAAAGUACAUUUCAAGUUUG